UAAUUCAUGUAUUUGUGCUUAGAAGUUUCCGUUUUCGACUUUGUUCUAUAUCUGUCCGGUUGUCCGGUGAGUGUGUGAAUGAUCUUGGAGGUUGAAAAUCAAGCGCCAGUAGUUGUCGGUGUCUCUUCGGAAUCGGAACAUAAGGGUGUCAGUCCUUUCUCGCCGCUAACAACAUUAGCUACGGAAACGUUAUUUUUGCUCGGAACCGGUGCCUUCGGAAUAAUGAGUGUUGUGCAGCAAGGAAGUAACUUCGAUGUGCUCAAGUAUGUUACGUUGACAACCGGAGGAUCUCUGCUGCUGUUGCUGGUUGCCAAUAGGGUAAGCAAUGCCGGAAAGAAGGAAGAAAAACAAAUUUCACGCGAGAAGCUGAUCGUGAUCGUAACCGGGUGCGACUCUGGUCUAGGUUAUAACAUCGCUAGGCUGUGCCACCGGCUGGGAUUCGUCGUUUUUGCCUGUUGUCUCAACAAGGAAUCGGAAGGAGCCAAACUUUUACAAAAGUCAGCGGAAAAUGAUAGUAACCGUCUGCAUGUGGAACAGCUAAACAUUACGCUCGAGGAAAGCGUACUGAUGGUCAACAAGUCCGUUAAGACUUUCUUGGAAAAUAAUCCAUCCUUUGAGCUGUUCGCUUUAGUCAACAAUGCGGGCGUUAUGUGUUUCGGGGAGUUUGAAUGGCAACUGAACGAACACAUUGCGCAACAAAUCAACGUUAAUCUACUGGGGACGAUGCGAGUGACCAAAUCGUUUUUACCCUUGCUACGUAAAUACCGCGGCAAGCUUAUCAACGUGACCAGUCACUGUGCGUUGCAAGCCCUACCGGGUAUAUCGACCUACGCGGCGACUAAGGCGGCACUCCGGUUCUGGACCGAUAGUUUACGCAUGGAAAUGUCCUGCUAUGGUGUACGAGUAAUUGAUUUCAUUCCCGGCUCGUUGGUGAUGCAAACCAAUCUGUGUGGCAGACAGAAUCAAUACGCCGCCCAAAUGAGGGCUGGCUUCAAUGCGGAACAGUUGGAGUUCUACGGUUCCUACUUCGACGAGUACAAUGCCUAUCUGCGGGUGGUUGGUGAUGCGAAACCGGUGCAAAAUUUACCGGAUGAUCAUGAGGUUUUGCGCAAAUUUUCCGAUGCUAUUACCAACGAACGGCCCAAGCGGUUGUACAAAUGUGAACCCUGGCGCUACCGGGUGUACCAUUGGCUGUUCUGUAUCACACCGACACCGGUUCGGGACUGGUUGGUGCGUCGCUUUAUAGCCAUGCCGGAGUAUCGACCAGUGGAGAAACGUGUUGGAGGGAGUGACGCUUCGAAUAGAUGCCCGCCCACUGGGAACUAAGAAAAAGCUGAUUUGUGCACAACGUCUUCCUGUUCGCUUUUGAUGUCUUUUGUUUGAGUUAUACUGCUUAAACUGGUAUCGGAAUUUGACUCUACUGCUAAUAGAUGCUGUUGGCAGAGCAUUUAUAAUGAUUAUAACUCUUGAUUAUGAUUAAUGUGGAUUUAUUCUUUGAUAAGUCAAAAUAUAU